AUGCUGCUGCUUCCAUACACCUGUCUCCUCUGCCUGUCGACCAUGGGCCUUUGGACUGUCCACUCCGAGGAAGUCAGUGAUUCCGGGAGCACCAGGGGCCCUCACCGGAACAUCGCCCCAAACAAUGUGGACUUUGCCUUCAGCCUGUAUAAGCACCUCGUGGCCUCCUCUCCUGGCGAGAACGUCUUCCUCUCCCCUGUGAGCAUCUCGAUGGCUUUGGCUCUGCUGUCCCUGGGCACCAGGGGUAACACACGCACCCAGAUCCUCCAGGGACUGGGCUUCAACCUCACUGAGAUAUCUGAGGCCGAGAUCCAUCAGGGCUUCCGACUCCUCCAGAACCUCCUUGAGGAGUCAGACACCGGCUUGGAAAUGACCAUGGGCAACACCCUGUUCCUGGGACACAGCCCGGAGCUUCUGGGGUUGUUCUCCGCAGACAUCAGGCAGUACUACAAACUAGAGGCCAUAAGGACUGAUCCCCAAGACUGGGCCAGAGCCAGCAGACUCAUCAAUGAUCAUAUCAAGUAUAAGACCCAGGGGAAAAUAGACUUGCUCAUGGAACUGGAUGGCCCAGCCAGCCCCGUCCUGAUCAACUACAUCUUCUUCGCAGGCACGCUGGCACAGCCCUUCCACCCAGCGAGCACCAAGGAGGAGGACUUCCACGUGAAUGAGAUGAGCACGGUGAAGGUGCCCAUGAUGCUCCAGUCCAGCCCCAUCAAGUACCUGGAUGACCCGGUGCUGCCCUGCCUACUGGUGCAGCUGGACUACACUGGCAACGGGACCGCCUUCCUCAUCCUUCCGGACGAGGGCAAGAUGGACACGGUCAUCGCCGCGCUGAGCCGCGACACCAUUCAGAGGUGGUCCAAGUCCCUGAGAAGCAGCUGGGUACACCUGUAUAUCCCGAGGUUGUCCCUCUCUGGAGUCCACGACCUUGGGAACAUCAUGGCAGACAUGGGCAUUGCUGACCUGCUCAACAACCAGACAGACUUCUCAGGCAUCACCCAAGAGCCCCAGCUGAAGGUGUCGAAGGUGGUCCACAAGGCCGGGCUGCAGUUCGCGGAGGAGGGUGUGAAGGAUGCAGCCCCCACCCAGGUGCCCAAGGACAUCAUGGCCGCCGAGCCUCUCACCGUCAUCUUCAACCGGCCCUUCAUCAUCAUGAUCUUCGACCACUUCACCUGGAGCAGCCUUUUGCUAGGCAAGGUGGAGAAUCCAAGCUGA